CCGGCGCCUCCCCAGCAGAGCCGCUCGGGAACAGGACCAGCAGGCUGCUGGGUCAGAGAUCAAGGGAUAGAAGGGAAGAAAGGCCUCCUCCUCUGCUGACCAGCAGGUCGGGCUGGAGUUGGUUUCUUCUUAGGUUUCUGGUCUCCCACCAUCACUGAAGGGGCCGGGAAACCUGAGCCAGCUGGGUGGACUCCAGACCCCUCCUCCCCAGGCCAGAAGACUUGGCCCCCACCAACCUCUGUCCGGCCGCAUCUCCACGCCGUUGGGACAUCCAGACAGCUGCUCCUGCCAGUGGGAUUCUGCCUGCUUUAUACCGGAUCCUGGUCUCAGGUGGGAGUGGGCAGCCAGCACCCGUUUCUGUGUCUUUUUGGACAGUACAAUGGGCAGUCGAGAAGCUGCAUGGAACUAUCACCUUUGAAAAAGGUCCUCUCCUUCCUCCAUUCCACUGAUCCUCUGGAACGAGACUGCCACCGUUUUGCAGCCAUUGAGUUACCUGCCUCGGCCAAGUCUCUGGAUAUACGAGUCACAAUUAGGAAAGCCUUCUGAACUGGAAGGCUAAUUAUAAAGGAAUUUGUCCAUGUUUUCUGCUAAUAAAAAGCCAACUUGUUCACAAGGAGGAAAAUGAUAAGAGAAAACCCUAGGCCAGAAGCGUAAGCUUUGGCUAGACGGCGAACCUGACAUUGCUCACCUGGUAUUUUUCUCCAUCAACCAUACUGCAGGCUGACCUAGGGAGGCGGUAGCCUCAGGCCCAGGACAGGCAUCAUCACCAUGGCCUUCUUGAUACACCUGCUGGUCUGCACCUUCGGGAUGGGCUCCUGGGUGGCCAUCAACGGACUCUGGGUAGAGCUGCCCCUGCUGGUGACGGAACUGCCCGAGGGCUGGUACCUACCUUCCUACCUCACAGUGGUCAUCCAGCUGGCCAACAUUGGCCCCCUCCUGGUCACCCUCCUCCAUCACUUCCAGCCUGGCUGUCUUUCCGAGGUGCCUGUCAUCUUCACUGUGCUGAGCGUGGGGACCAUCGCCUGCACCCUCUUCGCCUUCCUCUGGAACGUCACCUCCUGGGCCCUAGGUGGUCACCACAGCAUUGCCUUCCUGGUCCUCACCUUCUUCCUGGCCCUAGUGGACUGCACCUCCUCUGUCACCUUCCUGCCUUUCAUGAGCAGGCUGCCAACCCACUACCUCACCACUUUCUUUGUGGGUGAAGGACUCAGUGGCCUCCUGCCCGCCCUGGUAGCUCUCGCCCAGGGCUCCGGUCUCACCACCUGUGUUAACAUCACUGAGACCUCAGACACCACCCCGAGCGCUGAGACCACCAGGAACAUGGACAUCCCACAGGGAGCUAACAGUACUGUGAUGCCCGACCUCGCUGGGACGGCAUCUGCCCUGCUCCAUCUGGAAAGCCGCUACCUCCCCGCCAACUUCUCGCCCUUGGUCUUCUUCCUCCUGCUCGCCUUCAUGAUGGCCUGCUGCCUCGUGGCUUUCUUUUUCCUCCAGCGUCAACCUAGGCACUGGGAAGCCUCCGUAGAAGACCUCCUGACCUCUCAGGUCACCCUCCACUCCAUCCAGCCGCGGGAAGGGAAGGGCCUGGGCCUCCCAGGCCCCGAGGACAGCAGCCAGGACCAGGAGCAUCUGAAGGAGAAGGCGGCCCCCCGCCACCCGGCCCACCUGACCUUCAUCUACAUCCUGGUGGCCUUUGUGAACGCGCUCACCAACGGCGUGCUACCCUCCGUGCAGACCUACUCCUGCCUGUCCUACGGGCCUGUGGCUUACCACCUGUCCGCCACCCUCAGCUCCAUGGCCAACCCCCUCGCCUGCUUCCUCUCCAUGUUUCUGCCAAACAGGUCUCUGCCAUUCCUGGGGGUCCUUGCAGUGUUCGGGACUGGCUUUGGGGCCUACAACAUGGCCAUGGCCGUGAUGAGCCCCUGCCCCCUCAUGCAGGGCCACUGGGGUGGAGAAGUCCUCAUCGUGGUUUCGUGGGUGCUGUUCAUUGGCUGUCUGAGCUACGUCAAGGUGAUGCUGGGAGUAAUCCUGCGCGACCAUAGCCGCAGCGCCCUCUUGUGGUGUGGGGCGGUGGUGCAGCUGGGCUCACUCCUCGGAGCGCUUCUCAUGUUCCCGCUGGUCAACGUGUUGAGGCUCUUCUCAUCCGCUGACUUCUGCAGUCUUCAGUGCUCUGCGUAGGCCAACUGAAGGCGCGCGGUCCAUCGUACGCCCGCCCCACCUAUUACUAACACCUGAAACCUGGGAACCCCACAAGGCAAGGCGUGUGCCCAAGGUCACAGCGCCAAGGAUGAGGAGCUGGGAGGCAGAGCCUGAGUACUUGAACCAUCAACACAGAUUCUCCUCAGGAAUGCUACAGGCCUUCCGCGGGACCUGGAAAUGCAAAGCACAGCCCAUCCCAACUCUGUGUCACAGUGCCUGCAAUUCCAGCGUCUCAGAACUUCUUCCAGCUCUUGCCAGAUGGCUGAUUUGCGGCAUCCAGCCGGCUCAAGGGUGUUAAAAGAGAAACAGCUGCGAGGGUGAGCUGGCCCUUAUAAGCUGUGUGACCUGGGGGAAGUUACUUGAUUUCUCUGUGCCUCUGUUUCUUCAUCCAUAAAGCGGGGAUUAUAAGAAAUAGCACCUCCUUCUUAGGUUUGGUACAAGGAUAAAAGGGAGAAGCAUCCAGCACAUAGCAAGUCCUCCUGGACCAUUUCCUGAUCUGAUGUCCAACAGUAAUAACAAUCAGUGAUUGUUUUUGUGACAAUGAACACAGUCUAGAAGUGGCCAGAUGGAUUGAGAGGUGAUCCCUUUUCCGUAUCUCUUUUUCCCCUGGACCCACAGAGAAGCUUCUAGAAGACAGACGGCUAAUGGUGGAAUCUUGGGCAUCUUGGCUUCCCAAUUCCCAGUGUGGAGGGACACGGUACCCCAUACACCCUUUCCUGUCACCUCUGCUGACCCAGGAAGGCCUACGCCUUGGAGAGUAAGCGACCUCCUAAGAGGCAGAACAAGAGGACGGAGGGAUGGGAGGAGCCACCGCAAGCCUCUCAGAGCGAGUUCCCCCCACCCCACUCACUGGCUGAAACUGAACACGGAGGCCAUUGGGAGGCAGAUCUCUGAACUGGAGUUGGGGAGGGGAGUGGGGAGGAGUUAGCUACCUGAUAGUUUUUUGGUUUUACUUUUUAUUUUUCCUUUUUUAAAUAAAGACAUUUCCUGCUUUUACAUGAAGAUCAGCCUUCCAUGAAAAGGUCCAACACGAACGCCAAAAACUGUAUCAAUAUAAUCAGUUUUCAGCUGGUUCCAGGUCAAGGCUGAGCUCAGAAAUAAACAGAACCGAGUGCUUAGAGAAUAUCUGGUCCUGGGACUUCUUUUCCUUCAGGGUUUGUUUGUUUU